AUGUGUGAAAAGUUGCUGAGAGAGGGAAAGGCUUACGUCGACGACACCGAUACCGAAACUAUGCGCAAAGAACGUGAGGAGCGCAAAGAGAGCAAGAACAGAAAUGCAUCUCUGGAAACGAAUCUUGCCUUAUGGGAGGAAAUGAAAAAAGGUACAGAAAGAGGAACGCAAUGUUGUGUUCGUAUGAAAAUCGACAUGCAGUCAAAUAACGGAGCAAUGAGGGAUCCUACCAUAUACCGAUGUAAACCCGAAGAACACGUCCGUACGGGAUCAAAAUAUAAGUGAGU